GCCUCGGAAAGCCCAGGACAGUAGGUCAGUGUACUUCCGACCCGCCCCGCCCAUCGGCUCUUGGGGAACGGAGAGGACGCACUCCACGUGGCCAGGCCUGCAUCAGGCUCUGGCUCUGUCGCCCAGGCUGUAAUGCAGUGGUACGAUCAUGGCUCACUGUAGCCUCGACCUCCCGGGCUCAAGUGAUCGUCCAUCUCAGCCUCCCAAGUACCUGAGACCACAGAAGCGCGCCGCCACACUCGGCUAAUUUUUGUUACUGGGGCGGCGCGUCUUGGUGCAGUCUCCACGUUCUUUCAGAACAACGCGGGCGCAUCGCUGGACCACGCGCCAGCCGGCAGCCGGCGCCGCCUCCCUGCCCCCCGUAGUCCGGAUGCUUCCAGAGGCCCGUGGCGGGGGUGUGGCGCGGGGGGUGGGGAGUCGGGUGGGAGUUACGGCUUCCCAAGCACCCAAGUCUGUUUUCUUCCCGAGGAGGGAGGGGCUGAGCUUGGCAAGCCUCUAGCCAGCUUCUCCUGCUCUGCCCCACCUGCUCCUCCCAGCUCUCCCCUCCAUCUCGGCUUGCAAGCCAUUUUCUCCACUCAUACCUGCACUAGCAUCUGAGCAGGGAGUAGUGUGGAAGAACCUGUUCUCCGCGCUGCGUGAGGAUUCAAAAGACCUCUCGACCUACAGAGCCCUGGAAACCAAAAUUUGUGCAUUUCAGUAAGGGGCUUGGCUGCGAGUAAGAGCACUUGCAAACAUUCCAUCUGGCAAUCUGAGAGAAGCUACUGAGAGAAUCCUGAGACAUCCCCAGCUACCUACCACUGCUCCUGUUUCAAGCAAAGAAGAUCUGCUCACUCUGGAAAAAGCAAAUGAGUGAGACUCAAAAUUCAACAAGUCAGAAAGCAAUGGAUGAGGAUAACAAAGCCGCAAGCCAAACAAUGCCGAAUACACAAGAUAAGGACUACGAGGAUAAAUUGACUCAAGUAGCUCUAGCUUUGGUUGAGGAUGUCAUCAAUUAUGCUGUUAAGAUUGUGGAAGAGGAGCAAAACCCUUUGAAAAACAUCAAGUGGAUGACUCACGGUGAAUUCACUGUGGAAAAGGGUCGUAAACAAAUUGACGAAUAUUUUUCGAAGUGUGUUUCUAAAAAAUGCUGGGUACACGGCGUAGAGUUUAUAGAGAGGAAAGACAUAAUUCACAGCUUCCUAUACAUCUACUAUGUACACUGGAGUAUCUCAACUGCUGGGCUACCUGUAGCACAAAUCUCUGCUGGUACCUACUUCACCAUGAAGGUCUCCAAAACCAAACCGCCGGAUGCACCCAUUGGUGUUUUUUAUGUAGGUGACCACCAAGCAUUAGUUCACAGACCAGGAAUGGUUCGCUUUCGAGAAAACUGGCAGAAGAAUCUUACUGAUGCCAAAUACAGUUUCAUGGAGUCGUUCUCCUUCUUAUUCAAUCGUGUCUGAUUCUUACAGGAUGUCUUAGGAUUGUUUUUCUCAUCAGGAUAUAUUAAAAAUACAGUACAGCACAUCAAACCACAGAAUAUUUAUUAAGUAAUAAACUUGUGGCACACAAUCCAGCUGUAUUUUUUUGCAUUCAUUUUCCAUUCUGCAACCUCUAUCACAUUAGCAGAAUAACCAGUAAGUUGUUUUCUAUUUUCUAAAAUAUUUUUUUCCGUCACUAUAUGCAUCACUUCUGAGUCUUACAGGUAUAGAGCUGAGUUUAGAGAGUUGCUAAAAUUCACCUAUCGGACCAAACUAAGGUUGGUCCUUGGCUGUUUGUUCCCCAUCUGAGCCUAAGUCUCGAGCUCAGACACAUCUCUUUAUGGGCACAACUGGGGAACAACAAAAUGGCAACAGUUCUACAGCUCAUAAUAUAACCAGUCUGAAGGGUUCCCCUACUCACAGACUCCUUCAUUUACUGGGAGUUAAGCCUCACUGUUAAAUAAUUUAUUUUGAAACUGGAAAACCGGGCAUGCUGCCUUCCACAAUACACCACUAUACUCAUGAUGGCAGGAGGGUGGCUUGGGGACUAGGGGCAAUGACACGGGAAGGAUUCAAUCAUUGCCCUUACUUAUCUUUGAUCUUCUUCCCAUCCUCACACUGAAUAAUCACUUGUUCCUACCUUCCCUGUGAACCUCUCUUGCCUGGCUGCAAAAUUUUAAGACACCAAAGACAAAAUUACAUUAUGCUCUGAGUGAUUACUUACAAGUACAUCAGAAUACUUAUUUACAUAGAAAAGCACUGGAAAGGAGGAACACAAAAUAUGAAAGACAAUUGAUACGGUACUGAAAUUUUUCUUUUUUUUUUAACUGUAAGAAAUUUGUGCAAUAAAUAAAAAAGGAGGGAAAACCAUAUCAGAGCAACAGGCAAGGAGGUGGCAAACUAGGUAAGUCUCCUUGGAGAAUAAAAAAUAUAUUUAAAAUACAAUAGCCCUACUAUAACUGAUUUAUGGCUCAGGUGACUAAACACAAUUUGAAGCAGUAACAACACUCAUGAGCUGAAAAUAAAAUACUUUUAGCCGUUUUAUUCUUCCUGCCUCUUUCCCAAAGAAUAUGCCAAUGAAGCUGUUCUUGAUGUCACAAUAUUCAUAUAUAACAAAAUUUCUGCAUUUAAACUACCUUGCCUACUGAAAAUAGGAGAACAUAAUAAUUUCAUCUCUAGGAACCAGUAACCAAAAAAAAAAAAUGUCCUUAGAGAU